AUCACUUCCUCUUGUUUGUUUGAUUCAUUCAUUCUGCCGCACAUAGAGACCUCUCAGCCCUCUUUACCUUGGUGCACGCAGUACAGUUUGGUGGAUCGGAGGAUGGAAUCCUCAGUGAAGUAUGCUCUUGUCAUGAAAGUUAUGGGUCGGACUGGAUCCCGAGGACAGGUGACUCAGGUCAAAGUCAAGUUUAUGGACGAUCACAAUCGGCACAUCAUGAGGAAUGUCAAAGGACCAGUGAGGGAGGGGGAUAUCCUUACCUUGCUCGAGUCUGAAAGGGAAGCAAGGAGGUUGCGUUGAAAUGAAGGCUUUAUUCCAGCGUUUGUUUUGCUUAAAUUCUUAGUCAUUUGUCAUGAUAAAUAAGUGAGCCUAUGCUUCUAUGUUUCUUGGUACUAUACAUGCUGGAGUUCUGAUGUAAUUCUUGUAUGUUUGCUUAAUAGAUGCUAUUAUUAAAUUUGGAUUCGUUAUCUUUAUAUGGA